AUGAAUGCUUCAACAUGCUCCACGCUAUUCGUCGUGUGGUGCACGCUGCAGAAUGGUGAUAGGAAACCACGAGUAGUGGUCGAUUUUCGUGGGCUGAAUCGUAUCUCUCUACGUGACUCGUACCCGCUACCCCGACAGGAAGACAUAAUCAGCUUCACGCAGGGCGCAACUCAUAUAUCGGUGUUCGAUGCAUUGGCCUUCUUCUACCAGUGGGCGGCACAUCCAGACGACUGGCACAAACUCGCUGUCAAUUUGCAUCGCGGACAGGAAUUCUUCACAGUGGCCCCGAUGGGGUACUGUAAUAGUCCCCCGCAUGCGCAGCGGCAGGCCGACCGGAUCAUACGCGCUAUCGCUGACUUCGUGCGUGUGUACGUGGACGACUUCGUGCUUCGCUCGAUGUCGGCAAAGGAUCAUCUCCGUCAUCUCGAUCAAUUUCUGACUACGUUGCAAAAGGCGAACGUCACGAUCAGCCCCGCCAAGACGUUCAUUAGGUUUCCUGGCGUCCGAAUACUCGGCAAUUUCGUCGACGGCUUAGGCCUUGCGUCGCUAGAAGAACGCGUUCAGGCGAUUCGCAACAUCAAGGAGCCUCACUCGCUCGUAGAUCUCGAGCGUUUCCUUGGUAUCACAGGGUAUCUGCGCGAUAAAAUUCCUCGUUACGCCGAGAUCGCCGAACCGUUACAGCAACGCAAGACCGAACUCUUGCAAGGCGCCCCGAACGCCGAUCCGAAGCGCGAUCUAUACGUCGACCUUGAUGCAUCCGCACGCGCCUUCGGAGUCAUGGUCUACCAUCUCAAACUUACCUCCCCGGCGGAGUCGCGAUACUAUUCGUCAGAGCAGGAGGUCGCGUGUUUGGUGUGGGCUGUACGCAAAAUCCGACAUUUGAUCGAGAACGCCGAGGCAUCGGUAAUUAUCUACACGGACCACACCUCUACAUCGGGCAUCGCGAACCACACCCACCUAGGAUCGUCGGCCACGGACAAGCUGAACAAGCGCCUGAUACGUGCGUCGUAA